GGCCAAACGUUUGUAAUGUGGAGGGUGGAUUUAGAAAAACUUCGUCGCAUUGAACGUAUUGUUGUUUACUCCAGAACGGAUAACAGAAUAUGGGAUGGAGAUAACCAAUUUUCAAAAAGAUUACUAGGAUUUUCAAUCAUUGUUUCGAACACCACUAACCAUAAAGAUGGCGUCAUUUGUUUUCACGACCAAAUAUACAACAAGAAUACAAUACCAUCGGUGGUAGAUAUUCUCUGUUCUGUCGUUGGACGCUAUGUUAUAUAUUACAAUGAGAGACUACCAGGAGUCACAUACUAUGCAGAACAUAGUCAAUAUGCUUUUGCUGACCUCUGCGAAGUAGAAGUUUACGGUUGUCCUAUAGUCCAGAGAAGGUUUCAAGACGAGGCCUGCAGACGCAUGUGUGUCGAAAUGUGUAGGAAGGAUCUAGAAAAUCUCAGUUACAAGAAAAGAACUUGGCAGUCUGCGACAUAUUCCUCUUCGGGAACAAGCGAUAAAGCAGUUGAUGGACGAUAUACGUCACGCCAUUACUCAAGUGGACAGUGUGCUAUAUCAAAACCAUCAACACAAAUAACAUGGUGGGUUAAUCUGGGGAAAAUAUACACGAUAGACCAUGUCGUAAUUUACUUCAGGACCGAUAACGUACAGUGGGGAAUAAACAAUGGCUAUACGGCAGUUUUCCUAGGAUUUUAUUUGUACAUUUCGAACACCACCAAUCGUCAUGACGGAAUCCUAUGUCACCACGAUACAAAUUACACAAGAGAAACCAUUCCUGAUCACGUGUCUAUUGAUUGUCCUUGCCAUGGACAAUACGUCAUUUUUUACAAUGAACGUCUGCCCGGAGUUACAUACCCUUAUGGGUAUUCAAACAUGGCUUAUGGUGACCUCUGUGAAGUUGAGGUUUAUGGUUGUCCUAAUCCUGUGGUCGAAGUUCCUCAGUGUUCUAAACCGUGUCCAUCAAACUGUGAAGAAUGUUACCCAGACACGGGAAUAUGUAUGAAGUGUAAACUUGGUUUUGAAGGCUAUGCUUGUGAAAGAGCCUGUCAAGCGGUGACCGACGUAAAAGUAUCGUUACCAGUUACAAUCGCCGGAUCAGCAUACGAAGCAUUGUUUUCAAGCAAGGGAUAUUCUUUUCCAGAACAUGGACACCACAAUAUGUCUCUUUUUUUGUCAUUAUCUGAACAGUCGACAAACCUUGUAAGCGUGUCCUUCACAAUCCAUGGGGCAUCGGUAGUCAGUGUGUACUUGUUGGAUGGGAUAGGCUCUCUAAUCAGGAUGUAUGUCGACGAGUCUAUGGAAUCUGAGGAUGUAAAUGUCACAGUUGUAAACAACAUCAUUGCUGAAGUUCAUUCUAUUAUAAUAGAAGUUGUGUAUUACCAUCAACUUGUCAUCUCGAAAUUGAGGCUGCCACUCCGUAAAUGCUUCAACUAUAUCAAUAGCACGAUUUAG